AUGAACCAGUCAGGAGUAAUAAAAUUGUUCAAUGGAUCAGGUGAUGUUUCAAAAUCUUCAUCCACUGGCACUGAAGGCUCAACGAAGAACCGGAUUGUGACUAAUGGAAUGAAUUUUAAAAAUAAUAAUACCUCUUUAAUUCCUUUGCUCCCAAAAAGGAGAGCUUUGAAGUUGCUGGAAGAUGUUGAUGGUGAUAAACGUAGAACUCCAGUUCACCGUGUUACUACUGUCACUUUGAGAGAAUGUUCAGGAUCUGGAAGAAAAUUUGAUAUGCAGCCGGAAUCUUGUUGGAGCUUUCCUCAGAAUGGUGAUAAAAAUUUUGUUGGAAAUGUGAGCUCUAGAGUUAAUAAAUCUCCCAACAAUGUCACAGGUAGCAUGGAGUCGAUGGAGGGUUCCUAUUCAGCUUCUAGGCCUCGUAAUGAUGAUGUGAAUGUGCUGAAACGUUCUGCAGACUUGCUUGCUAGCUCAAAUUCUGUUAGGAGAAAAAAGUGUAAAUCCGCUUCUCCAAAUGGUAGAGCAGCCAAUAACGAACUGAAAAAUUUAGUUAGCUCUGGCUAUACUGACAAUUUGGGGAGUCUCAAAGCUCUCAAGCAACAUGAACUUGAAGGCGAAUGUUUUGUCCAUGUGAUUUUUGUUGUUUUUUCUUUUCAAAACAACGUGGAGAUCUGCAAUACAACAUUCUUGUUUCCUGGAAUUCUUUCUACGCAUGUUUUGGAAGAUGAUGAAGAUUUUCCGAGCAGUCUAUGCAAUCAUACCGCAGGACUUUCUCCACAUAAAUUAGGUAUUUUUGAAGCCGUUCCUGGUUCUGAAGGUCGUCCAAUGGAAGCACGUCACCAUACAUUGGAGCAUGUAGAGAAUGAGAUAGAGAUGGAAGAUGAACUUACAUUAUCUUUUGAAGAGAGAUCUAUAGGAGAAGUUUCUACCUACAAUUAUACACUUCAUAAGGAACAUUGCUCAGCUCUUGAAUCUAUAUUUGGUAAUAAUAAUGGGCUCCUACUUUUACCGGCAGAAUCUCCUCCACUUCUUCCUUUAGAUCCUCCACCUUCUCCACCGCCAUUACCUUCUUCACCGCCUCCCCCUACACCUCCACCUCCAUCAUCACCCCCACCUAUGUCACCGCCAACAGUCUCAUCACUGCAUCAAGUUUCCUACUCCAGUUCGUCAUUUCAACAAUGCGGUGAAACUAUCCAGCAGAUGCCUCCUCAUUCUUCCCUGCCAGCACUGAAGAUCCUAAACCAUUCCCUUACAAGCUCUCAAAUCCCCUCAGGCCAUCUAUCUCAUGGAAAUUCCAUGUUCCAUCACGCCUCAACUUUCCUACUUGGUCAAGGAACAUUUGGUGCAAAAGAGCAAUGGAUGUCACAUCCUGGUGAUGCUGAUCAAGGUUAUUCUGAUGCUUGGAACCAAGGAGGGAGACCAUCAUCAUCUUUAAGUGUACCUUUUGUACAGGAUGGACACUGCAGAUUAACUACUACUGAUUUUUAUCAUCCCCAACAUUAUUCAGCGCCAUCUCGAGCUUCAUUACCAGGUGAUAGUUUUGCCAAUUUUACCCCCACAGAUUUUUGGAGGCCCACAUAAAUGUAUUUAUUCUUGAUCAAGGGGUCUGCUAUAGGAACAUCAAAAGAUUUCGAACUGAACCACAAAGAUCGCUUGCUCCUUUAUACUUUUUCAAGUUUGUGGGAGGUUCAGAGCUUUGUAUAUUUACAUUGUGGUUGAUUUUUUUUUGAUAUUCAAAGGUGCGCUGAUAGAUGAAGAGAGUUGACAUUUGAUCUUUUUAGGAAUUUGUAAAUUGUAGUUUUUGCUGAUCUUAUACAAGAGCUGAUUUCUCCGUACCAAAUUUUAGGCAAUGUAAUUUAGA